AUGAACGUGUCGCCGCCGGACCGCAGGAAAAACGUGCGGGAGCUGGCUUUGGAGAUCGGCAUCCGAGUUCUGCUUUUCGGAGUUUUUGUAUUCACAGAGUUUCUGGAGCCCUUUGAGAGAGUGAUUCAACCAGAGGAGCUUUGGCUCUACAAGAAUCCUCUGGUUGAGUCAGACCACAUUCCCAAGAGGGUCAUGUUCGCAAUUUCAUUCCUUACCCCACUGGCGGUGAUAUUUGUGGUGAAGAUAAUUCAGCGGACGGACAAGACAGAGCUCAAAGAGGCAUGUUUAGCUGUGUCCCUGGCCCUCGCCCUGAAUGGAGUCUUCACAAAUACCAUCAAGUUGAUUGUUGGCAGACCCAGGCCCGACUAUUUCCAACGUUGCUUCCCAGAUGGACAAGUGAAUGCGAAGAUGCUGUGCACUGGGGAGCCGGAUCUAGUCUCUGAGGGACGCAAGAGCUUCCCCAGCAGCCAUUCCUCCUUUGCAUUCUCCGGCCUCGGCUUCACCUCCUUCUACCUGGCAGGGAAGCUGCAGUGUUUUACGGAUCAAGGUCGAGGACGUAGCUGGCGUCUCUGUGCAAUGGUGCUGCCUCUCUACAGCGCCAUGAUGAUCGCAUUGUCCCGGACCUGCGACUACAAACACCACUGGCAAGACGCCGUUGUCGGAGGAGUGAUCGGGUUGCUGUUUGCGUACAUCUGCUAUCGCCAGCACUACCCGCCCUUUCUGCACAUGGACUGCCACCUGCCUUAUGCCAGUCUGGCUGCCUCCGCCGCCCACGCACCCUUACAUCCCGAAGACGAUCCGCAACCCACGGACAAUGCCACCACCCUUCCCUUGGAGGGCUUGACUGAAGGGCCAGUAUGA